CCGAGAGUGGCGGUUCUCCCCUUAUUAGACUCUUAGCAGAGAAUGUCAGCUUCUUUGGAGAGGCAAAUGCUAGGUGGACCAAGAACGGUAAGCAUGAAGACGCCACAUGUUACCAACAAACAAGCCAGCCAGCUUCUGCACAACAAGUUUGUUGUCGUUCUGGGCGACUCCAUUCAGCGUGGGGUAUACAAAGACUUGGUCAUGCUUUUACAAAGGGACAACUACUUGGCUGCAUCUCAGCUGAAGACUAAGGGUGAGGAGCAAUUUGAGAAGGAUGAGCUUCUUGAGGGUGGUACUAAAGGACAUAUGUCCAACGGCACAAAAUACAAGGAGGUCCGACAGUACAUGUCGGACCACCACCAAGUUCGAUUCUAUUUUGUUACGAGAGUUUAUUCUGAGUAUGUGCAGAGAAUUUUGGAGGAGUUUGAAAAGGGUCCCAAACCGGACUUGGUGAUCAUGAACUCGUGCGUGUGGGACGUCUCCAGAUAUGGGCGACAGUGGGAGCCGGACUACAUGGAAAAUUUAACCCGUUUUUUUCGAAAGCUGAGAACCAUUCUCCCAGAGGAGGCUUUGAUCAUCUGGAACCUCACCAUGCCACUGGGCAAAACCAUUAUUGGUGGUUUUUUGGUGCCAGAGGUUGCAGAGUUUGGCCCGUCGCUGCGUUUCGAUAUCAUCGAGGCCAACUACUGCAGCGCCACGCUGGCCAGCGUGUACGGCCUGGACGUGCUGGACCUACACUUCCAGUUCCGCUUCAGCCUGCAGCACCGCAUGAAGGAUGGGGUGCACUGGAACGCCGUGGCCCAUCGCCGCAUCACCUGCCUGCUGCUGGCGCACGUUGCCAACGCCUGGGGUGUCGAGCUGCCACCAUCACAGCCUCCAACAGGUCUGAAUCAAAGCUUUAGUGAGCAAGAUCCAACCAAGGAGACUCAGCAGCAACCAAGGAAAGCCCAGAAUUCAGUCUAUAGGUGCAGACCGAGGGCAUGGGGAUACAACAACUACCCAGUGCCCCCCAACCCCUGUAUGACUUCUUUGACCUCAAACUUCUAUGGAGGGCACCAUGACGCAUGGAUGGAAUCUCCUCAUAUUCGUCAAGACUUCUCCAGGGACUACAUUCCACCUCAGACAGGGCCAUAUUACGAUCAAGGCUUCUUUAUUGGCUACCCUACCCAGGACUCCAAUGAUGACAACUAUGUAAUGCGGAGCAAGUACAGGCGUGCACAGUACAGGCCGUACUGAGACCCUUUUGCCUUCCUUACUUUUAGAUUGGAACAAUUUUAGAAUUUUAAGUGUGUUUUUUAUUAUUUUAUUGGUUUUCUUACAUUCUUUU